UUCCAAGUUCCAACUAUAUGGUAUCAUAGUUAAUAUCAAAAGUAUAUAUUGGAUCUAAGACGGGAUGUAAUUAAGGAGAGUUAGUAUUUAACUAUUUAUCUAUGAAUGUUUAGUAAUUUUAUCAUUACUACGUUUGUAGUAUAAAAAAUUUAAAAAAUUAUGACUACGUUUAGCUAUAGGGAUAUGUAGGCAAAAAAAAAAAAAAAACAUGUUUUUGGGGAAAGCGGAAAAGGGAAUAGAUGAAUAGACGACUUGGGAUCUUUAUAUUCUUUUUCUUAUAGUGAAGAAAGACAAAAAGAAGAAAAUAGUGCCAACUAAAAGGAAGCAACGUUAACGUUAGCCAGCUAUAGCAAGGAAAUACCUUUCAAUCAAUCAAUAAUUCAAUUCCGGAAUUCAACAACGUAAUACUGCUGCACCCACCAUUGCAGCCGACGAACCGGGCGGCCACAGAGCAAAGAUCCAAACCCACUUCUUCUUCUUCCUUGUACCCAACCCCAAUCUCAUUCCCAAAUUCCCCCGUCUCAGCAAGUUGUUCUAGCUGAAUUCCCAAAUUGGGUAGCUCAAGCUCCGUCUACACCCAACAAUGGCGGUCUCUGCUUUCAAAUCCACUUCCAGACGCGGACCCACUCGUCCUUCCCCCACUUCCUCAUCCCUUUCCGAUAAGGAGUCCAAGUCCGCCGGCAAUGCCAAAACCGCGCCUCCCCCGCCGCCUGCUCUCCGCCGUUCUAGAAGCGUCAGCGCCGUCGCAAGAAACCCCCGCGGCGUUGACACUUCCUCCUCCACUUCCACUUCCACUUCCCCCUACUCUUCCUCUGCUUCUGAUUUCCUGAUAACCAGGGAGAAUCCGCUCUACUGGUCGGACAAGGAAAAACCCAAAGACGCUGCUGCGGAACAAGAUUUCCCAAUUCUGGCUUCUUCUAAGUCACUCAAGGAACCCACUCCCAAGCCAAGGGCUCCUCCUGAAUCUGAUACUCGGAGGGGAAGGUCCAUUUCCAGAACCGCAGAUGCUAUGAAGACAUCAGCUCCUGCCAAUGGCAAGCUGAUUCCGAGGCAGAGAAGCCCCUCUAGGGUGGAUAUAGGCCGCCGCAACCGCGCUCGCUCUGUUUCCCGGGCCCCUACUUCCCGGAGCUAUGGCUCUUUGAAUUCUGAGAGCGAUGUUGAAGUGAGAAGAAGCUUGCCAACAGUGCGCAGAAAUGGGAAUGAUGCAAGUGGAAUGGGGAGUGGUGGGAGAAGCAAUGGUUCUGAAAGAAGAAGUGCUGACUGGCAGAUUCAGUCGGAUGGUUCUGCUACAACCGUGCCUCCUUCGCCGUCUUAUAGUUGGGAAGAUGCAGCGUUAGGAGGCUCAAGUUCAGAUGCUGAAGAGAGAACUAUCAAGGCUGUAUGUGAACAAAUGAAGGCCUUCCAAGUGGAUAAUUUGGAAGGUGAUGCCUCUGGUCGUAUAUAUGAAACUGUUCGAUCUGAAGUCAGACGUGCUAUUGCUGACAUCCAAGGUGACCUUGCAACUGCCAUUGGAAGGAAUGCUGUUGCUACUGCCGGAGUUGCUGAUGUGACUGAUCUUCCUCCUGACUUGGUCAAUCCCAGUGCUGUUGAAUUAGUUCUGGACAUUAGAAGAGAGUACGCCACAAAACUAGAACAGUCCCAUGAAAGGGCUAUGAAACUUCGGGCAGAUCUAGCUGUUGAGGAGCACCGUGGUUCAGAGCUGAGCAGAAUUUUGAAGGAAGUACUCCCAGACCCUAAAUCUUCUAAUGAACGCAAGCCUCGAGUAGGAAGAAAAUCCAGUAUUGAGAGAAGGAAGAUGUCAAAACGGUUAACUGAAGAAGCUAUGGCCUACUUCGACGAAUGUGUCUCACUCUCGACUUUCGACAGCUCUGACUUUUCUUCUCAAGAUGACCCGCCAAUGAGAUUCGUUGGCACUCAUGUUGCUGAUCGUUCUCCUUUUUCCCCAGCAACCCCUAGCAUGACAGCAGACAGUGAACUUCUUAAACGUGAAUCCAAUAACAUUAAGGAACCAGCAAGUAUGAGGAGAGCAUCAGGGCUAUCAGCCACCAGCAGCGACGAGCUUGCUGCAGCCGGUGAAGCUAGCAUAAGCAGCUCCCAGACAGAAUCAGCUCGGAGUUUUCAGUUUUCCUUCUCACGCAAGUCGGAUAACAAGUUAGAUAUUCAGCAAGACGUUGGAAAAUACACCAAACACUUUGGGAAGGACAUAGAAAGAGCCGACUCCCAGAGUUCAGUUUCAAACUCCUAUGGGUAUGAUAGCGAGGAAUACAACCAACGGUCCUCGCAGCAAAGCAUGCUAUUCGACAGUGUUUUCUUCAGAAGCAGAAUCGAGUCCGGUAGCAUGCUGUUGUGCGGCGGUGGUCUUGGGGUCUUGUUCUGACCAAUGCCCUCUGCGAUUGUUAUACCUCCGGUUGGCUUUCAGGAGGCUGCAGAAUCUGUGGAGGAGUCACCUUGUCUGUUAUCUCUCCCUCAUUCUUAGUAUAUUUUUAUGACACACAUGAUUGAAAUUGAUUGAGCGAGUAAAGAAAGAUACAGAAGGCUUUGCUGCAGCAGGAUGUAGCAGUAUUGUAGAUGCUGUUGCUAAAGAGCAUCCCUCAACUAAGUGUGAAGAUGGAGUUGCUGAAAUUGGUGGCUUGUUUGGAAGCGUUGGCAGGAGAAGUUUUGCUUAUCAGGUUGUACAAAAUUUUAGUUGUUUUCAAAAGAAAAAGAGCGGUUUAAUCAUUUACAGAGCAGUGAGUAUAUCUUGUUGUCUAAGACUGGAAGAUUAUGGCAUUCUCCAUAGAUGUUGGUUGGUAGGGUUUAACCUCUGUUUGUAGAGAUCGGAAUUCUGGCUCUAAAAUCUAAAUUUGGAAAUUUGGAACUGAAUCCUCUUCUUGGAAUUGACGCCUCCCUCUGUAUUCUGUAUUUAUACUGCUCUUCUUAGGGGCAAGGCUAGCUCUGGCUCGAGUAAUGCAGCUGGGCUUUGGGCCCAUUUAAAUGACGGGCUGGCCCAUACUUAAUCAAGGCAGGCCCGAUUCCCCAACAAUUACAAAAGGACAAACUCCUCUAUUCAGGUGCAACGUACAGGCUAAUAAAGUAUUGUAAGCUGUAACUAAUUAUCCUCCCCCGAACGACGUCGUCAAGGAAGAGCUCAGCAUGGAAGAAACGGAGGAGCAGUCGGUUAUUGUCGCUUCAGUUCCGUCGUCAUUAUUGGAUCAUAAUAAUACGAGAAGCAGCAGCGACAACGUUUGAAAGCCAAACUAUACUGAUAGUUUAAACGAAGAAAAAAAAAAAAAACAUCUAUCAAAAAGCAGAAUUAAAUUACAAUUUCAACCUGGAAUACCGAUUACAUAUUUUUCCGGUACAAUUUCUUACCACGAUUUCUCACUAACUACAGACAUUUUAUUACCCUCUGCUUGCAGUUAGUGGUUUACAGUAGUAUUCCAUUUGGAACCCUUCUCCCUUUGCUAUUUUCAGGUGAUUGUGAGUUGUGACGACCUCAAACACAAAGAUAUAAUAAUAAUAAUAAACCCCUCCUCCUGUGGAAAAACAUGAAGCUUCCCCCGGAGUUGUGGCUGGGGACCUACGACGCUCCCGAGGGAGCCGCGCUGGCAUACGAUCGAGCCGCUUACCGGAUCCGCGGCUCCAAGGCCAAGCUCAAUUUCCCGCACCUGGGUCGGCGGAGGGAGUGACGACGGAGAUUUCUCGGUUUUGAUGAUGGGCUCCUGGACGGUCAACAGCCAGACAUUCGUUGAUUAAUUAAUUAAGCCAUAUAUAUAUUUUCUUCACGGUUUAAGGCUGUUGUUAGAAGCAGAUGAUGGAACGUACGUAUAUAUAUUGAUGCACUGUUGUUAGACGCAGAUGCUGCCAUCACCAAUUCACCAUCGUUGCUGUGUACGAAGGAGAGAAUAAAGCAAGUGGUAGAUCCACGCUUAGCAAGGUGGUGAGUGGAGGCUGGGGAAUUAGUUGUUGUAGUGUAACAAUAGAGUGAGGGAAUUUGGCCGACGAGGUGUUUCCAUGUGGAGGUAGGUUAGGAUUUUCGUUGGUGGAGUCAUAUUUGGAGAGCAUUAGGAUUAACGAUUUUGAGAUUGGCUUGUAUUUCCUGUUGACACCGUGAGAGUAAACCGAAAAUAAGGAGAAGCGCGAUGAGUGCAAACUAGGUGAAAGAAGCUAUUGAUGGAAGAAAUUGGAGCGCACUCUCUCCAACUUGUCUUUCCGUAGAAGCUUUAUGAUCUUCUUAAUCCAAGAUUUGUGCAUACAUUUCAAUCACAGAGUCAAUGAUGUUAUUUGUCCCUUUCAAUUUGUGGGUUCACGAUAAAGGAAAACUAAGAGU